AUGCAUCUGCCGCAAGAGAGGAUGCACUUCCUGCAGCAGUUGAAAAAGUUCAACCUGUUAAAGACAAUGAAGGCUUUCACCGUCUCACUGAAGAAGUUCUCCACUGCUGGAAAAAUGAAAAACCCAAUCUUGGUUACUUUGAUCCUUCUGCUGGGGAUCCCACUAACGGAGAGUGCUAAUGAUACUGACUUCAAAUUUGGAGAUAGCGUUGCAAUUGAGAGAAUGUGUGGAGGUGUAACAGUCUACAAGCACUUUGCUAUUUAUGUGGGCCCAAGUACAGGAGUAGACGUCGGCCAAGGAGAUAAUGACAUAUUUCACAGGACAGGUAAAGGAUGCAUGGUUUCCGUGGCUAAGUUUGAUAAACUUGAAGAUGUGGCGAAAACGUCAAAAGUCUCAAAGGACAAUUACCUCGAUGAUGACUACAAAAUACAAAAUAAAAAAGACUUCGAGGAUCAUAUAAAAAAGGGAAUUGAGGACACACGUGGAACCCGGUGCAUUUAUAGACCUGUUAAAAACAACUGUGAACAUUUUGCUACCAAGAUUCGCUAUGGGGAGCCCCAUUCUCAGCAGAAAGGCACAAUGGUUGAACCUGUUUUAAAAUUUAAGGACUCAGCAAAAAAAGUACUGGCGAACAUAUUCAGCAAAAUGAGAAAAGGGAGACGGAGUGUCCCUAACAAGUAUCUUACCAUCUAAAUCUGUCUGUCAGCCUUCCUUGCUCUCCUCUUCUUUACUCACAUGACAUGAGGUCUUAAUUUAAAUAAAAAAUAAUGAGCAAGAA